GUGUAAACCAGGAACUCGAUUCAGGACAAGUGGUGUGUUGGCAUUCUGGAGAAAUUUGGAUCAAAGUACAAUAAAACUGUGACUUCUGUCGUCCCGCGUGUCCUCAGGUUCACAGACAGCAGCCAGACGACCUGUGAUGCAGACACACCUCUGCUGAGCGACAUAUUCUCCCGAGAAACACGAGCACUGCUGAGGAAGGAGAAUGGGGAGGAAGGAUGCCAGUGCGACCAACUUACCAGUUGAUCAGUACCGAAAACAGAUUGGUAAGCAGGACUACAAAAAGACAAAGACAGCCUUGAAGCUCACACGACUGAAAGCUGAAGCAAAGAAGAAUUCCUCUGGAUUCAAGGAUGCAUUCCUGGUCAUCGCAGCAAUCCUGUUCUUCGUCCUGUGUGUCUACGCCUUCUUCUACCUCAACCUGAGUACAGAGAUUAACCUGGAUGUGGAUGUGGAUUGAUAAGCGGUGGACAGUCGGCCGACAACGUCACACAAGGAUGGGACACAGUCUGUCAGCAUUUUUUUAACACACUUGUGGUGGCACGGUGACAAUGAACUGCCUCUUUUGGAGAAAUGAGACAAUUAACCCAAAAACUGAAGUUUCAGGUUGUGUUUUUUGCAUCGUUUUGUAUCUAGAUGUUAAAUUUCUUCUUUGCCUUUUCUGCACGGGAGCACGCAAUUCACCUGUAAUCAUUGUUUUAUCAACACUAUGGUUUUACAUCCACAAAUGUAAAUAUCUUCUCUUCUGAGUCUAGAUCUGAAAGCUUUGAUUCCCUUUCACUGAAAAGAAUCAGUGACCUCUUGCUUGUAUAACACUCUGCUGCAAAAUCUACACAGCAAAGAAAAUGAGCCUCCUCUUCUUUUUUUUUUUUUUUUUUUACACAAGUCUUCCAAACCACAGUCGAGACCAAGCGUCUGUUAAUCAUAUUCUGCGGAGUCACGUCCCACUGUUUUCUCCACUAAUAGAAAAAUGUAAAUCUCCUGCCGAACCUCUCGUCACAUCGAGACAAACACUUGCCUCACAUUCCAGUGCACAAACCUCUCCUCCCGGAUAUCUGGAGAUCACAAAGUGUGAGAUUAGAAUCCACAAAGCCCUCGCCCUGAUUGAAUGUGUGUGCGGAAUACAGAACAACACAUUCUACCUGCCGCACAUACACAUGCUGCACUGAGACAGACAUCCUCGGGAUUAGCAUUACAAAUAUGAUCCUGUUCUUUCAUUUGAAUGGAAAUUACAGAGAUGAAUGAUGACUGAAUAGAGGAGAGCCUAUAUGUUUCUCAUAAGGAACACCUUGAUCAUUUUCCAUCUUGUCAAAUGCAUGUAUUGUUGUCCCCUUAAGGAUAUGAUGUGUCUAUGUGAAUAUGAAUAUCUGUCAAAGCCUCUUUAUCCCGAGUCUUUGUGCACCAGCACUGCGAGGUGCAAGGACUGGCCUUCCAUUAACUGUUUCAGUCCAAGUGCUUCCACUGUUUGAGAGAUUCCUUGUUAGCAAUGAUGCAGAGUCAGGAGGUUUUAUUUAGUCCAUUUGCUUUUUUUAAUUGCACAUUUAUUUCAUGUUUCUUUUCCAUUUUUCUCAAUACACAUCAACACGAACUAUCAGUAGCAAUAUUGCUCUCUAAAAGGCAAUUAAUGCAUUAUUAUGGACACGACUCUUUUAUAGUAGAGUGAUGCAUAAAAGGCCAAUACCAAAUAGUCACGAGACCCUGUGACUUCUCUCAUGCCUGACAUGUUUCCUUUUUUCACUGAGCCUCUUUUAAAAACAAGUCUUGUGUCUGUGCCUGAUUGUGUUCCAUGGCCGAGAUGAAAUCUGAGACUGAUUUCAGAGCUUUCAGUUUUUCCCCUCUUUUCUCCCAUGACCUCCCGACCUCUAGUAAAAGACGACAUGUCCAAGAAACCAUUAUGAUAAGCGCAUGCACCCGUACCGUCACCCAGUGGCUUUUAUCUAGCCUUGGUACAUCCAGGCCCCCCUCCCCCGCCUCCGUGAGUCACUCACAUGUGUAACAAUAGAUAGCUCGACCUGACAGACCUUCAUACGUGACACCUGUUAUCUAAAAGGUCACCAAUACCAACCACAAGAGCUUUGACAUCAGCACAAUGGAAAGGAUCUGGCAGCACAACCUAUUUAUUCACACACAUGUUUGACAAGAUGAGGUCUGGGCGAUUUUUCACAAUAGUCUUAUUGUUAUUGUUUGUAUGGUAUGUUAACAUUUUACAGUUUACUUCAUCAUUAUGAUUCGGUUGGGGGAUACUGUGUGAUACAUUAUGAACUAUAUUAUUCUGAUAUAUAUUUUGUUAAAUUACCUAUAAAAUCAACAAUGUGUAAUUUCUUUUUAAGAAAAUAUAAAUAAUGUACUAUAAUGUACCUUUUCAGAUUUCAAUUCAUUUAUUUGUAUGAAUUUUAAUUAUGUCUUAAAGGGGACUUUUUAUGGUUUUCCUUAUUUUCUGUCAUAUAAUUUCUUUACACAGUUCAGUAUCACUUCUUGUAGCCUCAUAACCAUAUAAUCUGCUAACAAAUCUCAUUAGCUAGCUAGGCAACUAGCUAGCAAACAAACUGCUACAAUAUGUAUACAUUUUAGGUCAACUUGGAUGUCUGAGGUGAGCUCAGCUUAACUACGGAGGAUUGGAUUAAGGAGUGCAUAUUUCCGGGGGAAAAAAAUCUGCUGCAGUUUUCAGAGUCAUCCUAUUGAUGCUGGACAGUUUUUCAGUGGUCGUACAAUAAAUGGCAAAAUACAAAUCAAUAUAAAUAAAUAGCCAUAUAAUGAAAUCCAUUUUGUUUUGUUUUUUAAAAAGAAAAGAGGCUACUGCUGCAUAGCAACUGCCUUGCACUGUGUAGGUAGCAAUGAAGUUCUAUUUCUUUGUAAGAAUACUUCAUGAAUGCCUUAUGAAUAUGUUAAUAAAAAUGGUUUGAAUUGGAA